AUGACUGCACGGUCGAGCAGUCCAAGUGGUCUGCGGAGCAGAAGAGCUGGUGCUGUGAGCACGAAGACAGCGGGUGCCCCUCAACGACGACAACCACAAAGAAACCCUUCGACUGCCGCGCGGGCCUCUGGAACUGGCGCCAGGGGUGGUCUGACAAGAAGAAGACCUGGUGCUGCUCGAACGAGAAGCUGGGGUGCCAGAAAGCAGCCGAGGACGGCCACAACGACUACGUCACAGACUUCUGCUGGAGGCGGUGUGCCACUACUGGUGGAAGACGCCUCGACAUUCGACUGCUUCAAGGACCUCGACAGGUGGAGGGACAAGUGGCCCGCAGACAAGACGGAGUACUGCUGCAAACACGCCGUCGAGUGUCCCUCUGAAGCCUCCGAGGACGAGUUCGACUGCUGGGCCAACCUCUCGACCUGGGAGGAGAGCUGGUCCGACGAGCAGGUUCAGAACUGCUGCGGCCACCACUUCGAGUGCCCGCAGGGGGCCAGGACCAGCACCGAGACGGGCACCAAGACAGGCGAGAAGGCGUUCCCGUGGGACGCCGAGCUCGGGAAGUACACUUGCAAGGGCCUCGACAACGUCACUGGUAGCAUCAGCCCAGGCAAGAAGAAGGCGAUGCAGUGGUGCUGCGAGAACGAGAAGAUCGGGUGCCCGCCGGCCGUCGCCGAGUACAGCAGCAAGCAGUCGCACGGUGCGGCCAAGAAGGCCCGCCCUUCGGCAGGAGGGGGGAGCGAGGAGGGGACCCCGGACGAGGGGGAGCCGCCGGCCGUCGCCGAGUACAGCAGCAAGCAGUCGCACGGUGCGGCCACGAAGGCACGCCCUUCCGUAGGAGGGGGGGGCGACGAAAAGGCCAAGAGGGAGGCUGAGGCCAAGGCGGCGAAGCAGGCCAAGGACAAGGCCGAGAGGGAGGCCGAGGCCAGGGCGCAGAGGGAGGCACUGGCUAAGGCCAAGGAGGAGGCGGAGGCCAAGGCGGAGAAGGAGGCAGAGGAGAAGGCAGUGGAGCAGGCAAAGAGGGAGGCCGAGGUCAAGGCAAAGAGGGAGGCAGAGGAGGAAGCCAAGAGGGAGGCUAUGGCAAAUAGGAAGAAGGAGGCGGAGGAGAAGGCCAAGAGGGAGGCCGAAGAGAAGGCGAAGAAGGAGGCCGAGGAGAAGGCCAAGAAGGAGGCUGAUGCCAAGGCGAAGAAGGAGGCAGCGGAAAAGGCCGAGAGGGAGGCUGAGGCCAAAGCGAAGAAGGAGGCCGAGGAGAAGGCCGAGAGGGAGGCUCAGGCCAAAGCAACGAAGGAGGCGGAGGAGAAGGCAAAGAGGGAGGCAGAGGAGAAGGCGAAGAGGGAGAUAGAGGAGAACGCAAACAGAGAGGCCGAGGCCAAGCCCAAGACAGAGGCCGAUGAGAAGGCCCGAAAGGAGGCAGAGGCCAAGGAACAUGAAGCCGAGGAGAAGGUCAAGAGGGAGGCUCAGGAUAAGGCCAAGAGGGAGGCCGAGGCCAGGGCGCAGAGGGAGGCACUGGCUAAGGCCAAGGAGGAGGCGGAGGCCAAGGCGGAGAAGGAGGCAGAGGAGAAGGCAGAGGAGCAGGCAAAGAGGGAGGCCGAGGUCAAGGCGAAGCGGGAGGCAGAGGAGGAAGCCAAGAGGGAGGCUAUGGCAAAUAGGAAGAAGGAGGCGGAGGAGAAGUCCAAGAGGGAGGCCGAAGAGAAGGCAAAGAGGGAGGCAGAGGAGAAGGCCAAGAAGGAGGCUGAUGCCAAGGCGAAGAAGGAGGCAGAAGACAAAACCAAGAGGGAGGUUGAUGCCAAAGCGAGGAAGGAGGCCGAGGAGAGGGCCAAGAGGGAGGCUGAUGCCAAGGCGACGAAGGAAGCAGAGGAGAAGGUCAAGAGGGAGGCUGAGGUCAAUGCGAAGAAGGAGGCCGAGGAGAAGGCCAAGAGGGAGGCUGAGGCCGAAGCGAAGAAGGCAGCCGAAGAGAAGGCCAAGAGGGAGUCUGAGGCCAAAGCGAAGAAGGAGGCACAGAGCACGACCACCGCCGCUACCACCGUCACGACCACCGCCGAAAACACGACUACGCCCUUCGACUGCCAGGAAGGUCUCGUCGACUCGAUGUCGGGCUGGACGGUCGCGAAGUACGAGUGGUGCUGCCACAGCCAGGGCAUCGGCUGCCUGGACGAAGCGGACUUGGUGUCCUCGUUGUCCUUGGUCGAGUCCGCGCGAAAGCUGGGCGCUGUUCGCCCUUGGAAUGUGGCCCUGGCCGUCGGACAUGACUCCUCGGCCUGGCGGCGGCUGCAGCCCUAUCUUUCUCCAGGACGGACGUCCAGACGGUACCGGGCCGUGGACCCCUGGCUGACGGAGCACCUCGGCGCACCGGACGGGGAGUCCACGGAGCUCUCCGGCUGCGAGGGUCUGCAUGUGGUCAGACCCGAGUGA